UGGGCUGCGUCCAGCGCCUUGGGCUUGGCAAGGAAGCCUCCUGCUCCUCCUGCUCCUCCUCCUCCUCCCAGCCAGGGCUGCUCCCUUGCCUUCUUUGCCAAGGCUCCUCCAGUCGCCUCCAGCCCUCCGCCCAGAGCAGACACACAGAGAAAGAGAGGAAGAGAGAGCCGAGAUCUCUGCUCUGAUCCCCCGAUGCCUUCCUAAGCCCAGCCCUGGAGGAGAACGCAGCGCAGCCCGAGAGCCGGGGGGGACUGGGCACAGGGCACAGGGCUCUAAAUGAGAAUAUGGCCAAUGGCGUUGAAGACCUUAUUGGGAUCCCAUUCCCAAACCACAGCAGUGAAAUCCUUUGUGGUUUGAAUGAGCAGCGGCACAACGGCCUCCUUUGCGACGUCAUCCUCAUUGUCCAGGAUCAAGAAUACAGGACCCACAAAUCUGUCUUGGCGGCCUGCAGCCAAUAUUUCAAGAAACUCUUCACUACUGGCACUUUAGCAGACCAGCCCUGCAUUUACGAGAUAGACUUUGUCAAGCCUGAAGCACUUUCAGCAAUCCUUGAGUUUGCCUACACCUCCACCCUCACCAUCACCACCGCCAACGUCAAGCACAUCCUCAAUGCGGCCAAGAUGCUGGAGAUCCCAUGUGUGAUCAACGUCUGUCUGGAAAUCAUGGAGCCUGCGGGGAACGAGGAGGAGAAGGAAGAGGAGGAAGAGGAGGAGGAGGAAGAAGAGGAGGAGGAAGAGGAGGAGGAAGAGGAAGAAGAAAGGGAAGGGGAUGCAGAGGACUUUGGAACCCAGAAUCUAACAGAUGUCCAAGAUGGCAGCUGUCACCAAAGCCCCUCUAAAUCUGAUCUCGCCGAAGAAGCAUACUCAGAUUUGCAGAAUGGUUUCUCCAACCACUUCCCAGCCAGUAACGCUAAUGGGAGCUUGGGGGCCAUAAGAGACUUCUCCAUUGAAUCCCUCCUAAGGGAAAACUUGUAUCCCAAAGCUGGACUUCCUGAACAGAGGCCAGCUCUGUCUCCAUUUGUGCCGGACCUCUUCCCUCACUUGUGGAAUGGAGAUUUUGGCACUUUUUCCCAAGUGGAGGAGGCCCAGGUGGACAAUGGGCCCUUGGAUCUGGUGAUCAGGAAAAGGAAGAUCAAGGAAGAGGAGAAAGAGGAGCCUCCUCCACCCACCCCAUUCCCCAACAGCCUCUUCAAGGACAUGUUUGUCAGCAACCCAGCCAGCCAUUUGGGACACAUUAAGGCCGAAAAUGAUUACAGCGCUUACCUGAACUUCCUCAGCGCUGCCCACUUUGGUGGGAUCUUUCCUCAGUGGCCUGAGGAAAGGAAGAUCAAACCCAAAGCUUCCCAGCAGUGCCCCAUCUGCAACAAAAUAAUCAUGGGGGCAGGGAAGCUUCCACGGCACAUGAGGACCCACACAGGAGAGAAGCCAUAUAUGUGCAGUAUCUGUGAAGUUCGCUUUACCAGGCAAGACAAGCUGAAGAUCCAUAUGAGGAAGCACACUGGAGAAAGGCCCUACCUCUGUAUCCACUGCAACGCCAAAUUUGUCCACAACUAUGACCUAAAGAACCACAUGCGUAUCCACACAGGCAUUCGUCCUUACCAGUGCAAGUUCUGCUACAAGAGCUUCACCCGCUCAGACCACCUUCAUCGCCAUAUCAAACGCCAGAGUUGCCGGAUCUCCCGGCCCAGGAGGGGACGGAAACCAGCCACCUGGAGAACAGCGAGCUUACUCUUUGCACAGAAUAGCCAGACAGAUGAUAAAAGUUUCAUGAUGCCUCCGACUCUAGAAGAGAUGAGUAGCCAUCUUGGCAGUGCAGCAAUGUGCCUUCCGGGCCCGAGCCCAAAGCAUUUUCUGGACAGUGCAAAGAAUUCCCUGAAUUUACAAGAGCUGGAGAGCCAGUUUGAGGAAACCCAAAUGAAACUCUUUGGGAGGACGCACCUGGACAUGGAGCCAAAUGGUGGACUCUUUGCCUUUGCGCUGGGCCCCAAUGAGAGCCUCUCAGCCCGGCCAUUCUUCUCCCUCCCUGAUCCAUGGAGCACAGGGUUUGGUGGACUGACAGGGCUCAGCCACCUUGGCCCCAUUACGGAAGCUACUAACUAAGGCACCUUCUAGCCAAUAGAUGGGUUUGGCCCUCUUCAGCACUGCUAUGGCCACCUCUUGCAAAGGGACUCAUCAAUAAUCAAGGACUUUUUUUUCUUAUUGAAAGACUGUUGAAAAUCAGACUGCCCACACAAACUACCCAGCCCUGUUCAAACUCCACAAAAAAAGACAUCGCUUCUUUGCAUCCAGCAAAUACAGAAGGAUGAAAGGAGAACUGUUCCAAGUCCAACAUCAGACUUCUUCUUCCUCCUCUUCUUUUUUUAAUGUACAGAUAUCUUUUCUGAUUUAAACUGUUUUUCAUAUGAUCGUUUUCUUCAGGUUUGGGAGAAUUAUUUGGGGUUGGAUUGCCUUUUUAAAAAAAAAAAAAUUGGUGGGAGGGUUGACCUGCAGUUUGGAGUCCUUGUAAAAUAUCCAAAGAUUCUGAGUACUGUAUAAUCUGCAAGAACUUGAAAAAAGAAAAAAGGGACCAUUUGGGGGGUUAUGUUUCCUGAUUGUUGGGAUGGGAUUGUGUGUUGGGGGAGGUAGAAAACCCUUUGGAAUUUUUCUAUUUAUAACUAUUUUUAUGUGAUUGCUUUAUGUAAAGAAGAAAAGAGGGGGGAGAUCAACAUAUAACAGAUUUGCCUUAGAUAAUCAAGGGACAAUCAUCCUUAACUUUUAUUUGAAGUUUUAGAUUUUGUGUGUGUGUGUUUUUAAAAGACAAGGAAAGAUACUUUUAUGUAUUUAUUGAGCAGUAUUAAUUUUAUUAAAUUAUUGGCAACAUGCAGGGUUUUUCUUUAAAAAAUGCAUGGGUCAGAAUCCUGUUGGGGACAUAUGUCUUCGUAAAUAAUCUUAUAUAAGUAAGAAUUAGAAUUGCUCAGUUGUGUAACAUUCACACCCAGUAAAGGGCUGCUGAUACCUUACUAUGUUCCAGAGUCAGCAGAGUGCCUGAUGUGCAUUAGUGCCCAAUGCACAGCAGAACUGAUGCACAAUGGAACCGAUUUGUAUCACAUUGGUCCUGAUGUACAUCACGUUGGUCCUGAUGCACGUCACAUCAGUCCUGAGGUGCAUUGGUUACCAGUGCACAUUGGGCACUCUUGCUAGUGUCUUGUUAACACAUCUUCACAGUUCAGUAAAGGGAUUUCGUGGCAUCUCUGCUACAUAGCUAGGUAUACAUAAAGUUAUGUAGCGUUAACAGGUCAUAUAGGAUUCCGGUGCAUAUUAGUAAAACAUUGAAAAGGUAAAAGUUGGUUCACACAUUACAGGAAUUCCUGGAUCUUUACUGAGGAUCACCAAUAUUCUAGAUCAGCUACUGACUUACAGAGAAGUAACUAUGGCCUGUUACAGACUGCCAAAAUAAAACUGCUUUG